AUGGAAGAUAAGAAGGCGUUCAGCAAGUUCAAGCUGAAGGAGAAGAAGGACGAGGGCGAAGGGAGUGGUCCCAGCGGCAGCGGCGGCAAUGCUGCGAGUAAGUAUUUCAAGCCUGGCUUUAUCUUCAACAAUCAACAGCAGCAGCAGAAGAAUGAUGACCACUUUGAUGACGACCUGAGCGACACUGACUACGAGCAGGCGAUCGAGGCGGCCAGUCAGCAACUGGUCGGCAAGAAGGCGUCAUCAUCUCUCCCAGAGAAGACCGCCGCCUCUUCUUCUGGCCUCAGCAGUUCUUCAAAAGCUCCAAAAGCUGGCUCCUCGUCCUCUUCUGUCGAAUCGGCCGCCCUGGAGCGCGUCAACCAGGUCGCCUCGCAGGCGGUGGACUUUGCGUCUACGAAGAGCAGCAGCUCAUCAACGCACAACAUUCCCUCGCUGAAGGGCAGCAACACUAUUCUCGUCAACUCGAACCAGCAGAAGAACCCGCUGCUGCAGAGCCUGCGCUCCGUCCGCUACGUCCUUACCGACGCCAUCUCUCCCGCCCACUACCUCCUCUCCGACAGCUGCUGUGCGCUCUUUCUCAGCCUGAAGUACCACGUCAUUCACCCGGAGUACAUCUACGAGCGAGUGAAUGAGCUCAGCCGAGGUGGCGGCCUCUACCAGCUGAAGGUGCUCCUGGUGAUGGUGGACCAUGUGGUCUACGAGGCGCACCUCAAGGAGCUGACCAUUCUGGCGGUGCGCACCAACUGGACGCUGCUGGUCGCCUGGACGUACGAGGAGGCCGCCCGCCACAUUGAGCACCUGCGCGUGAACGCGGAGAAGCCCGCCGAUGUGAUCAUGGGCCGCUUUGAUGACGGCCUGGGCUGCGGCACCAGCACCAGCACCAGCACUAGCAGCACUGGAAACAGCAGCAGCAGCAGCAAAGCUUUUUCCAUGAACCAAAGUCUGGUGGACGCGCUGACCAGCGUCAAGUCG